CCAGUGGUCAUCACUCCUCCAUCUUAGCUCGCUCACGACAUUGACUCAGUGAGCCAACAAAUCGUUUUCCUUCUCUAGGGUUUUUCUUUCAGAGCUUCAACUCCAAUUCAGCCUCUCAAACCACAGGUAAGUAGUUUCUUUCUAUUACAAUUUAUAAACCCACCAGUCUUUCCUUAGAAAGAUGUUUCAUUUCACAUGCAAAACACUGAUGCAAAAUAGAGUCUUCAAUUCAAAAACCAGUUAUGUUCGUUAUAUCCAGACAAUGCCAUUUCUCAGUUCUGUCUCAAACUCCACAGAGAAACAAUCUUUGACAGUCUCUUACCUCAUGAACUCAUGUGGGUUGUCCUUAGAAAAAGCUACUUCAGCUUCUAAGGUUGUCAAUAUUAAGUACACUGAUAAACCAGACUUACUUCUAAACCUUUUGAACACUUACGGGUUUACAAAAGCUGACAUUGCAAGCUUGAUUUCUAAACACCCACCUCUGAUUUUAGCUCAUCCAGAGAAAACUAUAAGACCCAAGAUGGACUAUUUUGCGUCCUUGGGUCUUAGAGGACCUGACUUACCUAGGAUUAUCUGUUCAAAUAAAUUCAUUUUAUUGUCUAGUUUGAAGAAACAGAUAAUACCCACCAUUAAUUUUCUUAGGGGGAUUAUUCAUACCAAUGAGAAUCUUAUCUAUGCAUUGAAGCAAUCGUCCCUUGUGAUUCGAUGCAACAUUAAGAAGGUUUUGGUGCCAAAUAUAUCCACUCUGAGGGCUCAUGGAGUACCAGAAAAACAUGUUGCAGGGCUCUUGAUGAUGCAACCUAAGUCGCUUAUGUUGAGGAUUGAUUUGUUCAAAGAGGUUGUAUGUGCAAUUAAAGAUAUGGGUUUUGACCCGAUGAGGCGCUCCUUUAUUUUGGGUGUCCGUUCAAUGUCACUAAUAAGCAAAGUGAAUUGGGAAAAGAAAAAGGAGGUUCUUAGGAGCUUUGGUUGGUCUGAAAAUGACUUUCUUACGGCAUUUAGAGUACAGCCAAUGCUAAUGAUUUGUUCAGAGAAGAAGAUUCGGAAUGUGCUUGAUUUCUUGACGACUAAGGGGGGUCUGAUGUCAUUGGAUGUUGCUAGAUGCCCAAAUUUAUUUCUGAUAAGUAUGGAGAAGAGAAUGAUUCCCAGAUGUGCUGUUCUGCAAGUUUUGAUGUCUAAAGGUCUGGUUAGCAAAGAUAUAGAUUUAGUUUGGCAAUUGAAUCACAGGAAGGAGGACUUUGAGAAGAAGUUUCUGACUCCAUUUAUGGAAGAAGUCCCUGCAGUGAUUGAGGCAUACCAGGGUAAGAUGGGAUUUCAGGGAUUCAGUGAUUGAUUGUGAGGCUUGAAUCUGAGGGAAGAAGACUUGAACUUUGUAAAUAUGCUGGCAACUGGUGUGAGCUCACAAUAUAGUGGUUAAGCAAGUUGGAGUGGAACCACAGUCUCCUUGUGUUUUCUAUUUUGGAUCUGAACAAUCUGGGGAGACCAGAGUGGUUUAGCUUGCCAUGAAAUGAGAUUUGUCACUUGGUGACUGAAGUGAUGGUGAUACAUUUUGAAGAAAGCUAAUAUUAGUGUGUAUGGUUAGAGGAGGAGAAUGACAAUACAUGUUAGGCUUUUCAUAGUUGAGGAGUAUGACUUUCUUGAUUGCUUUUGAAGGAGCUGAUGAUUUACCCGUUAUAUUGUAUAUAUAGUUUCCUCUGUACUAUUUUUUCUUUCAGGCAUCAGCUUUUCCCCCCAGCUCCAGGAUAGUGUUUAGAUGAUUGUGUGGCUUAUUUAUGUAUCGUUUGUUUAUAAAUGGUGGACUGUGCUGCUGUAUAAUAUGUAUAUAGUUAAUUCUAGAGAACAAGUACUUCAUGCAAAAAUUGUUUGAUGGGUAACCAACACUGAGUAAUAGCCUAAAAAUGUAUUUAUGGUGUAUUCUCAAACACAUUGAUUAUUUGCUCUUA